GCGGCGCGGCACAGCGCGUGGGGCCCGGAGCGGAGGCGGCGCUUCUCGCGCGGCUCCGGCGGUCACGGUGACCCGAAGUCACGCGGCGGCGACCGUUGCUCUCUGGCCGGCCGGCCCUGCUCGCCUGCCUGCUUGCCAGCGCCCGGCCCGGCCCGGCCCCGCGUGGCGCCGGCCUCCGCUCGGCAGGUCUCCUCUUGGGAAUUUUGUGUGGAGGCUGCUCUGAGUUGUGGAACGGUUCGCUUCACUCGCGAGCUCUGCUCCAGAGAUGCUACUAUGCUGAGCAUGACUGGGUGGAAGCAUUGCAGCUGUAAUUCUAUCCAACCAAAAUAUGGAAUGGGUUUUGUUGAUGACAGAAAUCAACCAAAGAGACAUUAUUGACAUUAAUCUGAAAAUCACCAGUUAGCAGUUUCUUCACACUCUACUAACAAGCAGCCCUUUCCAGAGAGGACUCGUUUACAAAGAAUCUGCUUUCCAAAGCUGUUUUGUGCUCUGCUGAUUUUUACAGUUAAAUACUUACAAAGAGGAAACGUAUCUGGAAAAAUGGCAUUGGAUGAAUACCUGUGGAUGGUCAUUGCAGGGUUUAUCAUUGCUUUCAUCUUGGCAUUCUCUGUGGGAGCAAACGAUGUUGCCAACUCCUUUGGUACAGCAGUGGGCUCUGGUGUGGUUACUUUGCGCCAGGCCUGUGUUUUGGCUUCCAUUUUUGAAACGACUGGGUCAGUGUUGUUGGGAGCCAAAGUAGGAGAAACCAUUCGUAAGGGUAUCAUUGACGUGAAUCUCUAUAACAGCACAGUAGGCUUAUUAAUGGCAGGAGAAGUCAGCGCGAUGGUCGGCUCUGCUGUUUGGCAGCUGAUCGCGUCUUUCUUAAAGCUCCCGAUAUCCGGAACGCAUUGCAUUGUGGGUGCUACCAUUGGAUUCUCCUUAGUUGCAAUUGGCACCCAAGGGGUUCAGUGGAUGCAGCUUGUCAAGAUUGUUGCCUCUUGGUUUAUCUCUCCACUGUUAUCUGGUAUGAUGUCUGGCGUGCUGUUUGUGCUAAUUAGAUUUUUCAUCUUAAACAAGGAAGAUCCGGUGCCCAACGGCCUUCGUGCCCUACCGGUGUUUUAUGCAGCUACUAUAGCCAUUAACGUUUUCUCCAUCAUGUAUACAGGGGCACCAGUCCUAGGAAUUGUUCUUCCUAUGUGGGCGAUAGCACUAAUUUCCAUUGGUGUGUCGUUGGUCUUUGCUAUCUUAGUCUGGAUAGUGGUGUGUCCCUGGAUGAGAAGAAAAAUAGCAAGUCGGUUAAAGAAAGAAGGCGCGUUGUCAAGAAUAUCUGAUGAAAGCCUUGACAAAAUUCAAGAGGAGGACUCGGCUGUCUUCAAAGAGCUUCCUGGAGCCAAGGCAACCGAUGAAACCACAAUUCCCCUCACCAGCUCUGGGGCAGAAGAGGCUGGAGCAUCAGACAGCGUAGCCAAUGGGAGCCAUCCUCGUGUGCCGUACGGAAGGGCAUUUUCGAUGACGCACAGUAUGGUGAAAUCCCCCGUUUCCAACGGCACGUUUAAUUUUGAUGGUCACAUGAAGAGUGAUGUUCAUGUCUAUCAUACUGUGCACAAAGACUCCGGGUUGUAUAAAGAUUUAUUGCACAAAAUACACUUGGACAGGGGCAACAGUGACAGACCAACACAAGAGAAUAACUACAAGUUCUUGCGGCGCAAUAAUAGCUACACUUGUUACACGGCCGCCAUCUGUGGGCUGCCAGUGCAUUCGUCCUUCAAGGCUGCUGACACAUCCACCCCAGAAGACAGUGAGAAGCUGGUGGGGGACACAGUGUCUUAUUCCAAAAAACGAGUCCGCUACGACAGCUACUCCAGCUAUUGCAAUGCAGUGGCAGAAGCAGAAAUUGAAGCAGAGGAGGGUGGCGUGGAGAUGAAGAUGGCGACAGACUUGUUAGAUCCCAGCAAUCCAACUGAGGAUCCUGUGGAAGAGGAGAGAGAUGAGAAGGACACCUCCGAGGUCCACCUGCUGUUCCACUUCCUUCAGAUUCUGACUGCUUGCUUUGGAUCCUUUGCACAUGGAGGCAACGAUGUAAGCAAUGCCAUAGGCCCUCUGGUUGCCCUCUGGCUGAUAUACGAGCAGGGCGGGGUGAUGCAAGAAGCAGCAACUCCCGUCUGGCUGCUCCUGUAUGGAGGCAUUGGCAUCUGUGUGGGUCUCUGGGUCUGGGGGCGAAGAGUGAUCCAGACCAUGGGGAAAGACCUCACCCCCAUCACGCCGUCAAGUGGAUUCACUAUUGAGUUGGCUUCGGCGUUCACAGUUGUGAUAGCUUCCAAUGUUGGACUUCCUGUCAGUACUACACACUGCAAGGUUGGUUCUGUGGUGGCAGUUGGCUGGAUACGAUCCAAGAAGGCAGUUGACUGGCGUCUCUUCCGCAAUAUCUUUUUAGCCUGGUUUGUGACUGUUCCUGUAGCUGGCUUAUUCAGCGCUGGUAUCAUGGCAAUCUUUAUGUAUGGUAUCCUGCCAUAUGUCUGACAUUAUUGUUCCUUCCAGAAUAGAGGGGAGUUUCUCUGGCCAAGAGCGCACUGUAGAGCUCCCUAUUUAAAGCAUAUGAUUAAAAACAAAAUUAGUCAGCAAGGAUUCAUCGUCCAUAUCUAACAUCAACUAUACAGAACUUCAGUGUCAUGUUGGUGACAUCACACCUGGUGCCGUUUCAUUCGUGUGUGUGUGUGCGUGUGUACACGCACGUGCACGCGCGCACACACACACAUAUAUAUAUGUAUGUAUGUAUGUAUGUAUAUGCUUAUAGUAGGUAACACUACCUUAAACUGUAAGUGAAGUGAAAAUAGCUAGAACUUUUGUGAAUCGUGUACAUAAUGUAUCAUUUAGUGGCUGAUUUUUAAUCUUAAUGCAGCAGCUUAUUGGUUGAGAUGUGUGUGCGUGUGCCAAUUUGAUACAGGAGGAAAUGAGAUGCAGAAUGGAUACAAUUUUUAUAAAACCAUUGAACGCUACUGGAACAAAACAGUGCAGGGAUACUUUCAUGAAAGAGCUUGGUUCAUAUUGUUGCUGUGUAUAAUACUGUAUGAAAAUUCCUUUUGUAAAUACUUUCAGAACUGUAACUUUUUAAUAGUGCAUUUCCCUCAUAUAUUUUGGAUAAGAAAGUUUUGAAAGUACCAAAGAAGAAGGGGAAUAGUUUGUCAGUAUUACAUUAUUGCCUCUGUGUGUGUGUGUGUGUGUGUGUGUGUCCUUGUGCCUGCCCCCUUCAUAACUUUUUAAUUAAAACUUUUUUCCAUCCAUCAGUUACCAGCAAUGCUGGAUAAAAUUACUCACGUUUUACUGUAAUUAACUUGGAGCUUCGCUGUUAGUCUGUUUUGUGUGUCGAGUAUGGUCUACAUGGGAUGUAGCAAAAACUGAACUUCAUUGUGUGUUGAACCUCAAAAUUCAUCACUUACUACACGGAAGUCCAGUUCCACUCCCAAAAUAAUCAUCUGUUAGCAAGUUCAGGGGAAGGAGGCUGAGGCUUGAAAUCAUUUUGCCUUGCUGUUUCUUCCAAUACGUAUCAGCCAGACAGUGUCAGAGCCUUGCAGGCGGGUGGUGGUAGCCUAAGAAAAGAGGAACACGCACAAGCUUUCACACUACCCUUGUAACCCAGCUGGGGGGGGUGGUCAGUGGAAUGCUGGCCGCAGGACAGAGGAGCUGUGGUGUGGGCUCUUCCCAUGCCACAUUAACUGAAUUGUGGCAGCUGCUAGAGGGAGCCAGGAAAAGCCAAGUUACUCCUCUAAAGAAACAUUUUCAGCAAGACUGUCUGAGAAAUGAAGACACUACUGAACAGGACUACAAGUCCUUGGCCCUAGAACUGCAACUUGUUGUUUUGUGGAUUCACGUUGUUCUCAAACAGUAUGCAGAAGUCUUGCAUGACAGACAGCAGAAUGUAUUUCUUCGAAGUGCUAUGGAAAGCUUUGGAAGUUCUUUUGUGCAGGCCCCUGUGAGGCAGAUUCCAUUCAUUUCCCUGGGCUUGUGCUGGAGAACUUCUCGGAGGAUUGUGUGCCUGUGGCUUUUAAGUCCUCGAUACUAGAACGGCAUUCUUGUUGGCUUUAUUGCCCUGGGCUUGAGAAAGUGGUCUUUGGAUAAGGUUGGGAGCCUAGGACUGUUGAUAUGCUGCUAAAGUGUUGAUUGAUCCAUAAGUUGUCUUGGUACUCCAUUUUGAUUAAUUUUCAUUGGUCAUUCAUUCUCAAUUUAUAAUAAAAGAAUAUUUUCCCCCUUU